GAGCAUAAGUCAAAGUUUUACUGGGGAACUCAAGAGUUGCUGAUUCCUGUCUACAAGUCACUGUCUCGCGCUGUGCCCAAGCAUCCCGAUGUUCGAGUUCUGGUAAAUUUUGCCUCGCUACGCGUCGCCUAUGGUGUCACUGUCGAAGCGAUCAGUAUAGACAAUAUAGGUGAGACAAUAGCUAACAAAGCGGCUCAGUUCUCAGCCAUUACAAUAAUUGCAGAGGGUAUCCCUGAGAACCUUACUCGUAGAAUGAUCCGACUGGCUGAAAGCCGCAAUGUUCUUCUGAUUGGACCCGCAACAGCCUUCGUAACUUCUAAUCAGUCAAAUAAUUUUAUUAUUUGUCUUAACUGA